AGCGUAUUUUUGCCCAAACCAAAUGGCGCUCUCGCCGGAUGAGUGACACCGCUCUCUAUGAGGAGGAGGUCGCGACAGAAUACCCUCGGCUCCUGGGCGUCGAGGUUGGCUCCCGGCUCUUCGAGGUGCUGUCGGAGCACUUGAAGCAGGGCCUGCCUGAUGGCUGGUCCAUGCACGUGGCAGAGGAGAGGUCGGCGGCCUACUUCUGGAACGAGGUGAGCGGGCAGAGCAGAUGGACCCAUCCGGACCACGAGAUUUUCCAGGGUCUCGAGCGGCUGCAUCGCGAAGCGACGGCCGCGGCGGACCCCGCGGCGCACUUGCGGCGGGGCUGGGCAGCGAUGGACGCGGAGGCAAAGCGGGCGGAGGCCCAGUGGUCGGGCCCCCAGGUCACCGACGAGGGGUUGCAGUACUGGUUCCUUGCUUCCGGUGAGAGCAGCUGGAUGGACCCCUCGGAGGAGGCGCGCCGCGCGCGCAAAGUGCGGGCCGCGCUGUUCGGAGCUUUGCUCCACGAGAGCCGAAGCAGCAGCCGAAGCAGCCAAAGCCUCAGCAGCGUAGAGGCACAGCCAGAGGCCCAGUGCAAAGCGGCACGUGCUUUGAUUGUGGCAGCCUGUCGCGGGCAUCUGCAAAGGCUGAUGCUGCGGGACCACGGAUUGAGCCAGCGAAGUGUCGCGGCCAGGUCUUUGCAAGGGGCUUGCAGGGUGCAUUUGGGACGUCUGGACAUGCAGACGUUAUGGCAAGAGACGCUGGCGGAGGGCGAUCGCAGAAGGUCGGCUGCAGGCUGCAUCCAGAGACGCUGGCGGGGUCACAAGACACGCUGCUGGUGGCACGCCGAGGGCUCGCGCCUCCGAGCGGAAAAGGCGAGUGCACUGCUGCGAGCCAGAAACGAGCGGCGGCGCGUGGAGGAGGAGGCGCUUCGUGCGUUGGAGGCGAAGCGCGUGAAAGCGGCGCUGGUGAUUCAGCGGGGCUGGCGCUUGCCGUCGCUCAAGGCGCGGCAGGUGUCGCGAGUGGCGGGUGAGGAACAAGGAGACCAGGGACCAAGGUGGCACGAGCACAACAUAGAGAAACAUGUAGAGAAACAGCAUGAGCCAAAAGAGAAAGAGAGCAGAGAGGAUUUGGAUCCGGGCUUCAGCCAAGAAGAUUUGGCUCCUGGCUGCUCGCAAGAGAGUCACAAAGAUGAGGAACAGCCGGCAAACGCGCAGGUAGAGCACAAGGAACCAGAGGAGCAUGAGGAGCACGAGAGGCAGGAAUGCACGCAGAACGACAGCCAAGAAGAUUUGGUUCGGGGCUUCAGCCAAGAAGAUUUGACUCCCGACUGCUCACAAGAGAGUCACAAAGAUGAGAAGGAACAGCAGGCAGGCGAGGAGCUAGAGCACAAGGAACCAGAGGAACAUGAGAAGCACCAGAGGAAGGAAUGCACGCUCAACGACAACCGAGAAGAUUUGGUGCGGGGCUUCAGCCACAAGGGUUCGGCUCUCGACUGCUCGCAAGAGGGUCAAGAAGAUGAGAAGGAACAGCAGGCAGACGAGGAGCUAGAGCACAAGGAACCAGAGGAACAUGAGAAGCACGAAAGGAAGGAAUGCACGCAGAGUGACAGCCGAGACGAUUUGGUGCGGGGCUUCAGCCAAAAGGGUUUGGCUCUCGACUGCUCGCAAGAGGGUCAAGAAGAUGAGGAGGAACAGCAGGCAGACGAGGAGCUAGAGCACAAGGAACCAGAGGAACAUGAGGAGCGCGAAAGGAAGGAAUGCACGCAGAAUGACAGCCAAGAAGAUUUUGUUCGGGGCUUCAGCCAAGAAGAUUUGGCUUCUGACUGCCUGCAAGAGGGUCACAACGAUGAGAAGGAACAGCAGGCUGACGCUGAGCUGGAGCACAAAGAGCCAGAGGCUGGUGAGCGGCAGGAAAGGAAGGAAGGCAUGGAGAAUGGCUUUCAAGAGGAUUUGGUUCCAGGGUUUGUCCAAGAAGAACCGGGACACGCGCCAGAGACGGAAGAGGACAAAGAGCCAAAGCAUGGCAAGCCCGAGUCGAACAGGUUCUCAGACAUGGAGCGCCAGGCUGAUUUGGCUCUGGACUUUUUGCAUCGAUGGCAGAAGGACGAAAAGGAACAUCUGGCCGAAAAGCAGCUGAAGCAGAAGGCAAAAGAGCGCGACAAGAUCAAGUGGAGCGAAGCUUUGGCGCAUCAUGAAGAUCAAAGCCCAGACUUCGGCAGAGAUUGGAAUGCUUCGCUGGAUGCUGUCUUGAAAGACUUGCUGCAGUCGGAGCCGGCGAAGGACGCGGAGAACAUCUUCCCCGACCGCGUGCCCGGCGUGGCCUUCGCGGAGAAGCUCCGGCCGAGGCCGACGCCCGCGCCGAGGCCGAAGCGCCAAGAGCGGCCGCCGGUGUCGGCCAAGUCCGUCCUCGACGCGUCGCUUCUCCCGAACCUCGACGCCCUCAAAGUGGAGGAGAUCGACGACUUCGCGGCCGCUCCGCUGCGACCGGCGAGGAGAGCUUCAAGGAUUUCGAGCUGGAGUCGUCCAUUUCGCGCGCCCCCAGCAGGUGUGAGGUCAGCCGACCUCCAAGCAUGGCCUCCGCAUCCCGUCAGUGUGCCUCCACCCCCGAGCUGCGCGCUCGAUGCGACAGUCGGGCUGCCGUGCCGCUGA